GUUUUGUUUGAAAUAUAAUUGUCAUCUUUAUAAUGAGCGAACAAACAUUUGAAAAGGGCGUUGCACCUCCCAAGGUUAAGCUUAACGGAUCUGGUCUCCGUAUUGCUAUUGUUCACACACGUUGGAAUUUUGCUUUGGUUGACCAACUUUACAAGAAAGUGUAUGAUACCUUAAUUGAAAGAUACAAUGUUUUACCCGAAAACAUCUAUACCGACACUGUUUCUGGUGCCUACGAACUUCCAAUGGCUGCCAAACAAUUAAUCGAACUUUCCCAAUCUCAAGCUUCCGAGACAGCAAGCGAUUUGCUUGGUUCUCCUGCUUUAGGAAAUGUAAAGAAGUCAGAUAGAAAGACUGGGCCUUUCGAUGCUGUCAUCUGUAUUGGUCUUGUUAUCAAGGGUGGAACUGCACAUUUUGAAUAUAUUUGUGAUGCUGUCACACACGGUAUUAUGAAGGUUCAAUUAGAUACUGGUGUUCCAGUUAUGUUUGGUGUUUUGACUUGUUACAACGAUGAACAAGCUAUUGCUAGAUCUACCACAGAAGAUGGUUUCCAUCAUGCUGAAGAGUGGGCUGCUGCUGCCGUUGAAUCCGGUUUAAGAAAAUUCAAGAAACUUUAAACUUGUCAUUGUUGCAGAAUAAAAUAAAGUUUUGACAUUUGCAAGUCAUCGAUUGUACGAUCUUGUAACUCCGUAACAAAUAAAAAAACU